AUGAGAAGAACCAUGGAGAAGUGGCUGUGUCUGGUGUUGCUGGUGUCCGCGCUGUGUGAGCUGCUGUGGGCUCAGAACGACACGGAGCCCAUCGUGCUGGAGGGCAAGUGCCUGGUCGUGUGUGAUUCCAACCCAGCCACUGACUGGAAGUCCUCCUCCUCUCCUCUGGGCAUAUCUGUGCGCGCCGCAAACUCUAAAGUGGCGUUUUCUGCAGUGAGAAGCAACAACCACGAGCCCUCUGAGAUGAGUAACAAGACCAGGAUCAUCUACUUUGACCAGAUUCUGGUGAAUAUUGGAAACUACUUCACGCUUGAGUCUGUGUUCUUGUCCCCGAGGAAAGGAGUGUACAGUUUCAACUUUCAUGUCAUCAAAGUUUACCAGAGCCAAACCAUACAGGUGAACUUGAUGCUGAACGGGAAACCUGUGAUCUCUGCCUUCGCUGGAGACAAAGAUGUGACUCGUGAAGCUGCCACAAACGGAGUGCUGCUGUUUCUGGAGAAGGAGGACAAAGUUUACCUGAAGCUGGAGAAGGGGAACCUGGUGGGAGGCUGGCAGUACUCCACCUUCUCUGGAUUUAUGGUCUUUCCUUUAUAA